AGAUGGCAACAUUCUCUACAGUUUUAUGAUAUUUUGUUUUUUUUAAUGAGCAACCACUUGUACACAUAUUUACUUACAAACAUAAAAGCAAACACAUCUUCUUCAGAACACACAUGUUCUGUGGGCUACAUCAACAUCCCUUUUACCGCGGUCAUCCCUUUGUUGCCCCUGAGGGCUGUGUGUGGGAAGCAUUUGCUAGCCUAUGUAGUAUAUGCAAAGGCUUUCACACACAAACACCUGCCACCAGCAGGUCCAUCGUUUGUCGAUAGAGGGUUAACGUCCGUCAUCGAUCAGAGCUCCUCAGCAGUCUGUAUAUCUCCUCCCACGCAUCAUAUUUAAUUAAACCCCUGCCCUUAGCCCCAUCGGUCUGUGGAAGGGAAAAAAACUCACUCAGUUCACGCUUACAAGCAGCUCGCAUCUUUGCUGAAGACGACAUGGCUUUGGCGGAUCCACAGCGUGCAAUAACUAACGGUGCAGAUCCUGGCUCCACGUUUUCGGAAAUAAUUGAACUAAAUGUUGGUGGUCAAGUGUACGUGACAAGACACGCAACUUUAAUCGCAGUGCCGGACUCUCUCUUAUGGGGCAUGUUCAGCAAAAACACUCCAAAGGACUUGGCGCGAGACAGCAAAGGGCGCUUCUUUUUGGACCGGGACGGGUUUCUGUUUCGUUACAUCCUAGAUUACCUUCGCGAUCUCAACCUGGUGCUGCCCGAUUACUUCCCGGAGAAGAAGCGUCUGCAAAGGGAGGCCGAGUUUUUUCAACUGCGAGAGCUGAGCAAGCGUCUUAGUCCUAAAAUGAGCAAGGACGACUCGGUGUGUGAGGAGAGCUUCUGCUACCAGAGCGACUCGGACGAGGUGACGGCGCACGGUGCCGCGGUUUCCGGUUGGGACGCGUCGCGCGCGCUUUCCGCACUCAGCAUAGCGCACUCGCCAUCGGCGGAAGUCAGAAAGUCGGGCUACAUCACCAUUGGGUACAGGGGCUCGUACACCAUCGGGAGGGACAUUCAGACUGACGCCAAGUUUAGGCGUGUGGCGCGCAUCACAGUAUGUGGGAAGACGUCUCUCGCCAAAGAGGUGUUCGGAGACACUCUGAACGAGAGCAGAGACCCGGACAGGCCUCCGGAGAGAUACACCUCCCGUUAUUACCUCAAAUACAACUUCCUGGAGCAGGCUUUCGACAGACUAACUGGCUUCGGCUUUCGUAUGGUCGCGUGCAGCUCCACUGGCACGUGCGCUUACGCGAGCAACGACCCGGGCGAGGAUAAAAUCUGGACGAGUUACACAGAGUAUGUGUUCUGUCGGGACUAACACUUAUCGGAAACGUACAAAACUGUGUUUGUCAUUCAUGUGGAAGUAUAUAAAAACAGAGGAGAAAAAAAACCCAUUGUUUAUUAGUUUAUAAGAAACGACCACCCACUAGAUUUUGUUUACAGAAACUACAAAAGCACACCAGUUACAGUUUAAAGGAACCAAAACAAUUAGAUUUUAAAUGACAAUAAAGAAAAACCCUCAUGCAUGUGCUCUUAUACUGGUAAAUAAUUUGAGUAGCCUAAUAGAUGUUAUGUAACAAAACCAAAUUAAGUAAGAUGUAGCUUACUCUUUUACAUCUGUGUUUGGAUGUUUUAAAGACCUAUUGCAUGAUGAUGUCCUAGACUGAAAGUGUAGGCUUUCAAUUAAAUAUCAAUAAAGACUUAAUAUCUACCUAAUCUGUCAUCAUAUUAGUAAUUCAACAGCUUUUUUAAAACUCUCUGUGAAUGUGCAUGUUCUGUUUCCACUGCCCCUCGUUGUUGUGAUCUGGUAGAAAAACACAAAAUUUACACUGGUAUUUCUUACUUAUUCAUUGAUAAUACACUGUUUUGACAUCUAGGUACUGUUAAGACCUGUGCUCAUCUU